CGGCGAUCAAGGGCGCCUGCGCAGACCCUGAAAAGCCGCUUGGUUGGCCCCGCGCGUUCCUUUUCCGGUUCUAGCACCGCGCGGUGAGGAGCUCUCGUCUACACUCGCUGCCAUGCCGUCUAAGGGGCCGCUGCAGUCCGUGCAGGUCUUCGGACGCAAGAAGACGGCCACGGCCGUGGCGCACUGCAAACGGGGCAAUGGCCUCAUCAAAGUGAACGGGCGUCCCUUGGAAAUGAUCGAGCCGCGCACGCUGCAGUACAAGCUUCUGGAGCCUGUUCUGCUGCUGGGCAAGGAGCGGUUCGCCGGUGUGGACAUCCGAGUCCGGGUGAAGGGUGGUGGUCAUGUGGCUCAGAUUUACGCUAUCCGCCAGUCCAUCUCCAAAGCGCUGGUUGCCUACUAUCAGAAAUAUGUGGAUGAGGCCUCCAAAAAGGAGAUCAAAGACAUCCUCAUCCAGUACGACCGGACCCUGCUGGUAGCUGAUCCCCGGCGCUGCGAAUCCAAGAAGUUUGGUGGCCCUGGGGCCCGUGCUCGCUACCAGAAAUCCUACCGAUGAGCCUGUCAUGUGCAUUGGGUUCAUCUUUAUAAUAAACGAUUGUGGGACUGGAA